AUGAUUUUUGUCCAAGGAAUUGAUGCCCUUUUCAAGGUAGCGCUAAUGCUGAUAGGCAACCACCGAGCUCUGAUACUUCAGUGUGAUUCCUUUGAGUCUGUGGUAGACUUCCUUAAGACGACGCUCCCUGAGAUGGUGCAGGUGCAGAUGGAGAGGAUCAUUAAUCAGGUCCAUGCAGUUUAGUGCUUGUUUAGCCAAGAGACUUAAUAUAUACUUGGAGCAUAGAGUAGAAACCCAAUCCAUCCACACGGGCCUUUCCGACAGUACAGUGGGAAAAAAAAAAGGAAUAAAUUAUUUCCCUUUGUCAAUUUAAAAACAGGAAUGUGUGUUACUACAACUUUUAAACUUUGUUGAUGUAAUUCUAAAAUGUAACACAAGAAAUUUAAUGUAACCCUAGACUGGCUGGCUUCUUGAAUGGCCAAAUUCACAGUUUAAAAAAAAAAUGCAAAUUUACUCGAGUGUCAGUCUAAUCAAUUUUAAUUAGCCAGUCACUGCAGGAUAACAGCAUGGUUACGGUUAUAUUUACAUAAGACCCUUAUGAGACAAACCUCAAAUAGAUGAAUUUAGUUCACUUAGAAAGUUGAUAUUUCUAAUGAAUGCAAACAUUUACAUUAAUGAACCUCGAUGAGUUCAAAUAUCCAGAGUUUCCCAUGUCUGUAGUCUUAUUUAUUUUUUUUUAUAUCAAAUUUAUGGACCUAAAUAAUAAAUUUUACCAUUUUAAAAUGAUUUAAGAGUGAGAAGUCUUUGAAGUGAUGAGAAUCAUCCAUUUUUUCCCCCAUAGGCAUUUGAGCUUGAUAUCAGCAAAGAGCUCCAGGCCUACGAGGUUGAGUACCACGUGCUCAGUGAGGAGAUGACCUUCUCCCCACACCACAGCAACAGGCACCACCAUGUCAAAAACCACUCCCCGUCGGCCGGCAGUGACCGGUCAUCACGGCUGGUGGAGCGGAGGAGGUCCUCCAUUGACAUUGAGAUGAUGUACCGGGUAGAACAUCAGAACCGUGCCCUCAAGAAUCAGAACAUAGAUUUGCUGGAGAAGCUGCAGGUGGGUAGCUGGCCUUAAGCUUUUUAUAUCUAAAAAAAUGACAUGUCAGUGACUUAUUAGAGUGUCUACAGCAGUUACAAGUUGACAUCAGUUAUUUUCUACAGCAGUUACAAGUUGACAUCAGUUAUUUUCUACAGCAGUUACAAGGUGAAAUUAAUCGUCUUCAAACAUUAAUUAUUAGCUUAUUUUAUUUUAAUUCUUAGUAAACAUUUCAAGUUCAUCUUUUUUUUUUAGAUUAAACAAAAACUGCGGCUGGAAUUAUAGGGGGAAUAAUUUUGUUACUGUUAAAUGUUCAUAUAAAUUCAGAAUAUAUCUUUUCUGUUGAAUUCUCUAUUGCACAUGUUUAAAAGUUUUGCUGGAAAUAUGGUUGGCUUAGUAUAUAAUUAUACAUAAUUUAUGAAAGAAAUUUUCAGUAAUCCUGUUCUGACAUGUUUCCCCAGCAUGCCCAGUCCCAACAGCGCAGUCUAGAACUUAGUGUCCACAGCAAUCAAAUUGAACAGGAGAAACUGAAGUCACACAUCAGAACAUUGGAGCUUGAGCGUGGCGCCCUGCUGCAGGCCGUGGCCAAGCUCAGGAAGCUCAUCCCCAGGGAGGCAUUGCAGCAGCUGAACCUGGCGCUUCCACCGAUGCCGGACUGGUCGCCCUCGUCUCCGGCCCUG